AUGGAAGAGUAUCUGAAUCAAUUCAAGGUGAUAACUGAUCAGCUUGCUUUAGUAUCUUCACUUGUUAAUGAUAAAGAUCUUAUUCUUCUAAUUUUAAGUGGCUUGCCUGAUGAAUGCAAUGCCUUGAAAACUAUUAGUCUUCUCUUAAGCAUAUGCAAGCUGCUGAAACUCCAGGUCUUUUUACUUACAACACACAUAGAGGCAAUUUUUCUAAUAGAGGAGGCCAUCGAGGCCAUUAUAGAAGUAGAGGUAAUUUCAGAGGAAGAGAUUGAGGCAGGUUUUGAGGAGGUCAUGCUAAUCAAUCUGGUUAUUCUUAGAGAGGCCUCACCAAAUUUAGGCAACUAUAAAGCCUAUGUAGCAUCUGCUCCUUCCUCCACUUCUGAGGUCAAUUGGCUUUUAGAUUUUGGAGCUACUAGUUAUGUGACUAAUGAUCUUAAUCAUCUCUCUUUCUAUGAACCCUAUCAAGGACAUGGGCAAGUAGCCAUUGGUGAUGGAUCCACUCUUCCUAUUACUCAUACUGGCAUUUUUGUCACCAAGUCUGCCUCAAGUUAUAUCCUUUCUCAAUCCAAGUAUGCUUCAGAGAUUUUGGCCAAAGCUGGCAUGAGUAAUUGCAAACCUUAUUCAUCUCCUAUGGCUUCUAAAUUCUCCACUUUCUCUUCUGAUGAUGUCUCACCCUUUUCUCAACCUUCUUUUUAUCGAAGCUUGGUAGGUGCUCUUCAAUACCUCACCAUCACUCAACUAGAUUUGGCUUUUGCAGUCAACACUGCUUGUCAAUUCAUGCAGUCUCCCUUAAAUUGUCACUUUGCUGUUGUGAAAAGGUUGCUCAGAUAUUUGAAAGGUACCUUGGCCCAUGGUCUGCAUUUCUCUCGUGGUCCUUUUCUUCUUAAUGCCUACUCAGAUUCAAAUUGGACUGGUAGUACUCUUGAUAGGAGAUCUACAAUUGGAUACUGUAUUUAUCUUGGUCCCAAUCUCAUUUCUUGGACUGCUAAGAAACAACCCACUGUGUCCAGAUCCUCCUCAGAAGCCGAGUAUAGGGCCUUAGCUCUGACUUCAGUUGAACUCUGUUGA